AUGUAUCCAUUGCUUCAGACCCUAGUAGCAGAUAUUUUGAAGACAUACCGCUUGGUUCGGCAACGACCUGCAGCAGAAGCAGCAAUAGUACCAGUGCAACGUUACGAGACCGAAUAUGAUGAGCGCGUCGACAAGGUGCAGUUACUUUUUCCCUUUCUCUCCGCACGGAGCCUUAAAUCUGUCAUUGAAAAAGGGGUCUUACAUGCAUCAAUCCAUUUUUUGCAAAUGGAUAUGGAUGGGGCAAAACCGAACCACUCGUCUUUACAUCCGUGCACUACACCACCGGUCCUUGUUCUCUAG